AUGAUGCCAUCUGUCCUCCUCAUAUUACUCGUUCUACCUGUCAAUCUCGCCUCAGCGCGGGCGUUUAACAACGAUUUCGAGACAGGCGACCUCACCGAUUGGGAGGAGAAACAGGAGAGGCAUUUGAUUUCCAACCCACUUGGGGAGAUAACCCAACGGCACGAAACCGAGGACAGCCUUCUCAACAUCAGGGAGAUUGGUGGCUUGGGUUAG